AGCAUAAAGAUCAAAUUUUUAACGAUCAUCGGCUUCUCAACGGACGUCGGUGGAGCAGUCGAAAACCUUUUAAAUUCCUCCUUGUUCUUCGUAUUGAUUUCUAAGGUGCCAUUCUGUAUCUCUCAAUCUCUCGAAUACUCAAUGAAUGUAUGCGUGCAAAUUAGGCAAUCGUUGGUCUACUGUUCAAUUACUGAGAACCCAUUUGCCAAUCAGUUCACUUUUAGGAUUCUUCUAGGUUUUAGUAAAGGAGAUUAUCAGUUUAUAGAAGAAAUAAUUGUACUAUCAUCUAUCAUGAGUUUAUGAAAUCAAUUUUAUUUAUUUAUAUAAAUACUCAUGUUAUUAAUAAAGUAUAUGUUGUUGUUUCAGCUGCUAGAAUCUUAUUGCUGGGUGGGGGUAAAUGUUGCAUGCUACUACUCUCUAGAGGGAUGUUUUGGUGUGAAACAAGAUGAUCUUCAAAUCCAGUAUAAAAUGGGCUGCCUUUGGAGGAUUAAUCUUGUCCCUUUUCUCUUUGUUUGUUCACUUACUUCUUGCCAAAUAUUCAAGUACUGAUCUAGUUCUGUAUAGUGCACUUGCGGGUUUUUCAGAAGAUCUUAAUCUUAAUAUUCAGGGUAGGCAGGUCUCUGGCUACAAGAAUUUGUGGAAAAAUGUUAUAUCUUUGGAUGCAUUGCAACCUCAUGCAAAUCCUCGAACCGAAUAUUCAGUUCCAGUGGAGCAGAAUAAUGGUUUCAUUUAUGCAAAAGUGUAUGGUGGAUUUGAGAAAAUAAGAACGACGAUAUGUGAUCUUGUUGCCAUUUCCAGGCUUCUUAAUGCCACCCUGGUCAUUCCUGAAAUUCAAGAAUGCACCCAGUCAAAAGGCAUUAGUUCAAAAUUCAAGAGUUUUUCAUAUCUCUACGAUGUGGAUCAGUUCAUAGAUGGGCUAAAGAAUGAUAUCAAUAUCAUAAGUAGCCUUCCUCCCGAAUUUCAGAAAGCCAGAAAAAGAAAACUGUUUCCAAUCUUUAGACCGAAAGGUUCAACAUCUGUUAGUUUCUACAUUAAAGAAGUCUUGCCGAAGUUAAAAAAAUCAAAGGUUAUUGGAUUUGUGAUUAGAGGCGGAAGUUGUCUGGAGGCUAUUCUUCCUCCUAGCAUGGCUGAAUAUCAGAGGCUUAGAUGUCGAGUGGCCUUCCAUGCACUUCAAUUCCGAUCAGAAAUUUUGGCUCUUGGACAACUGAUGGUUAAAAGGUUAAGAGUUUCUGGCCAACAUUACAUUGUUUUUCAUCCUGGUCUUGUGCGAGAUACAUUAGCUUACCAUGGUUGUGCUCAGAUUUUUCAGGAUGUCCACACCGAGCUUAUACAAUACCGAAGAAAACAGAUGAUCAAGGAAGGAAUAAUUAAAGAAAUGGAUAUUGAUUCACAUGUUAGAAAGGCAAAUGGAUCAUGCCCCCUCAUGCCUGAAGAGGUAGGCCUCCUCCUUCGGGCAAUGGGUUAUCCUCCUAACACCAGAAUAUACUUGGCAGGUUCCGAGAUGUUUGGUGGCCAAAGGGUUUUAAUUCCAUUACGUGCUAUGUUCACAAACUUAGUUGACUGUACCUCCUUAUGCAGCAAACAAGAGCUGAUGAGUUUAGUUGGACCAGAAUUGGACCUUCCCGAAACCCAUUUUCAAUUUCCUCCAACAAAAACUGAAAAGCAACUUAAAGAAGAAUGGGACAAGGCUGGUCCACGUCCAAGACCCCUUCGUCCACCUCCAGACCGACCUAUUUAUCAACACGAGAAAGAAGGCUGGUAUGGUUGGGUUAAUGAAAAGGAGUUUGAGGCUAAUCCAUCUCUUUACGAAUUAAGAAUGGAAGCACAUCGCUUGUUGUGGGCUGCAGUUGAUUAUAUUGUUUCAGUUGAAGCAGAUGCUUUCUUUCCCGGUUUCAAUAAUGAUGGAAGUGGUUGGCCUGAUUUCUCGAGCAUGAUUAUGGGACAUCGUCUUUAUGAGAUGGCAUCUGCUAGAACUUAUCGACCAGACAGGAAAUAUCUUGUGGAGCUUCUCAAUAGUACGAAAGAUAGUAUUUAUCAUCCAAAGAGGAAUUGGACUCUGUUAAUUCGAGCUCAUUUGAAUAAAAGCAUGGAUGAGGAAGGGCUUAGAAGGGAAUUUAUAUCAUCGAAACCGAAAUCAUUCCUUUCUCACCCGAUUCCUGAAUGUGCAUGCACAAUGGUGAAAAGAUCAAAUGAAGCUCCAUUUGAAGGGGUUGAUGAGUGCCCAAAAUGGAUGGUAACUGAUUUCAAGAAUAAAGUUCAGCAAAACUUAAGGGAAGAUAAUGAAGUUGAAGAAGAUAACAUAGAUAUUAUGGAAGGGCAGUCAGAACAAGAGGAUGUUAGAAAUGGAACAAUCCCAUCCAUCGAAGAAGACGAGGAGAUGGAUCCCAAUGACUAGGAAAUUAUAUAAUACAUCACAAUAUUUUUUAAUAUUUUUUUGGUUCUCCUCUUCGAUUUGUUAUGAUUAGUUCAUGCAAAUUCUCGAGGGAGGUUUUCUGUUUCAUCUUUUUUAUGAUUCGAGUAGCGAUUUUAUCAUACUACGGAUCAUUCUUUGAAUCUUCGGCACAAUUGAGACGAGAGUAUAACCGAGAAGAAAGACACCGUGAAGGAGAUCUAGCACAUUGUGGUUCUUCUAGCCGAGAUUGGUAAAAAGUUUUGUUUAUAAACAGGUUCUUUUUGUUUUACACCUUUUUUUUUAUGUAAUACUUGUACAAGUUUCUUUGAGGUUUAGAUCAUAGAAAUUGAAUUUAUUUUAAGAUGAGUUUUAAUUAUAUUUCAUUU